AUGGAGAGCUGGCAUUUCUAUAGUGGCACAUUUCUUUCUUUCUUUCUUUUUUUUAUUUUUCUUUCCUUACCAUGAAUUAAUUUUCUGUUUUUAUUUCUUCCUUGCCAUAUAUAAGUAUUUAUGCUUGUGUCAUUUAUACAAUUAAUGCUCAUACCACACAUACUUGCAACAAUAAGGCCUUCCCCCUCUGUUGGUGGGUGCUGCUCCUUCUCCUUCUCCUUCUCCCUCUUUCUUUUUCUCUGCUCUGCAAGUCUCCUUUUUGGUCUUUGCUGCAGAGCUUUGACUCAUGAAGAUGCUAGGGGUAUUGCUCUUGCUGCUGACUUUGAGUAAUGCUAUCGACCUUGGUGGAGAAGAGGAUGAGAAACCGUGUGAUUACAAUCUGACAUUAGAACCAAGACCACAUAGUGUGUCCAUCUUGGAGUUUGGUGCUGUUGGAGAUGGGAGAACAUUGAACACUCUUGCCUUCCAGAAUGCCAUCUUCUAUCUCAAGUCUUUUGCCGAUAAGGGCGGUGCGCAGCUUUAUGUGCCACCGGGAAGGUGGCUUACUGGAAGUUUCAACCUCACCAGUCAUCUUACACUCUUUUUGGAAAAAGGCGCUGUCAUUCUCGGAUCUCAGGAUCCAUCUCAUUGGGAAGUUGUUGAGCCCCUACCCUCAUAUGGUCGAGGGAUUGAACUUCCGGGAGGAAGAUAUCGUAGCUUGAUAAAUGGAUAUAUGUUACAUGAUGUGGUCAUAACAGGUGAUAAUGGAACCAUCAAUGGCCAGGGCUCAGUUUGGUGGGAUUGGUUUAGCUCUCAAACUUUGAACUACAGCCGCCCUCAUCUUGUGGAAUUUGUUUCGUCUAAAUAUGUGGUGGUUUCAAACCUCACAUUCGUGAAUGCUCCUGCUUAUAACAUCCAUCCAGUCUAUUGCAGCAAUGUACAUGUUCAUAACAUCUCAGUCUCUGCUCCUCCAGAGUCGCCUUAUACCGUUGGUAUAGUCCCAGAUUCUUCUGAUAAUGUGUGUAUAGAAGAUUGCAGCAUUGACAUGGGGUAUGAUGCCAUUGCCCUUAAGAGUGGUUGGGAUGAGUAUGGCAUUGCCUAUGGAAGAUCCACCACAUACGUACACAUCAGGCGUGUCUACCUACAAUCGUCUUCUGGUUCUUCUCUUGCCUUUGGUAGUGAGAUGUCUGGUGGCAUUUCAAAGGUACUUGUGGAGCAGGUCCACCUAUACAACUCAUUUAGUGGCAUUCAGUUCAGAACAACAAAAGGUAGAGGGGGCUACAUCAGAGAGAUCAUCAUAUCAGAUGUUGAAAUGGAAAACAUCCACAUGGCAUUUGGUGCCUCUGGUCAGUUUGGUUCCCAUCCCGACGACAAGUUUGAUCCGAAUGCUCUCCCGGAUUUGGAUCACAUCACCUUGCAAGAUGUGAUUGGCACAAACAUCACUAUUGCUGGAAGCUUCACAGGGAUCCAAGAAGCCCCCUUCACUUCCUUUUGUCUAUCCAAUAUCUCCUUGUCAGCCAAUUCUGGUUCUCCCACUUGGGUAUGUUCAAAUGUUUCUGGCUCUUCAGAUUCUGUCUUCCCUCAACCCUGUUCUGAGUUGAAUAGCUCUUAUUCCUCUUCCUGCUUUUCGCUACUUACUGUGAAUGGAAAAACCGCAGUCUUAUGAUACCAUUCUUCCUCCAUACUCCAGUUAUACUUUUCAGCCACAAUCAACAACAAUGAGGGAAAGAGCCACAAAAAUUUUCUACCAUUUCCAUUUAAAGUUAGACCACAUUCUUUCCAAUAAGACACAUGUUCAGAUUAUUUGUUUUCUUCAUCCUGUAGAUUUGCAGUCUUGCAUGUUCCUCCAUUCUGCGGAUUAUUUGUACAGCUUCAUUUCUUCAUUCAUGUGUAAGCAAAUUUUUGGUAGUGAUAUGUAAGGACUUGGGUUAUUGUUAGCAUUGCUAUUUAAAUUUUAAUACUUUUAUUUA